CUGGAGCUGCGACCGCACCCUUAAUAAAGAUGGCGGCGGGAGCGCUGCGAGUCUGCGGGGGUAACACCUAGGGGAUGCGUCGCGCGGAGUGAUGACGUAUAAAGUGUGCGACGGGCGGAGCGGCCGAGCCGGAGCACAGUGAGUGAUGCCCAAGAAGUUCCAAGGGGAGAACACCAAAUCGGCUGCUGCCCGUGCAAGGAAAGCUGAAGCAAAGGCAGCAGCCGAUGCGAAGAGGCAGCAGGAGCUGGAAGAUGCGUAUUGGAAGGAUGAUGACAAACACGUGAUGAGGAAGGAGCAGAGGAAGGAGGAGAGGGAGAAGCGGAGGCUGGAGCAGCUGGAGCGUAAGAAGGAGCUGCAGCGCCUGCUGGAAGAAGAGGACUCCAAGCUGAAGGGGAAGUCACCUAAACAGGCAACACCAGGCAAAGUCACCAGGGCUCAGAUUGAGGAGAGCAUCAGGAAGGAUCAGCAGCAGAAGGAGAAUGCAGAGACAGUGGAGAAGGAGAAAACUCACCUGGAGGUCCCAUUGGAGGAGAACAUCAACAGACGGGUCCUGGAGGAAGGGACAGUGGAGGCCAGGACAAUAGAGGAUGCCAUCGCUGUGCUCAGCGUUACCAAUGAUGGGGACCGACAUCCCGAGCGCCGGAUGAAAGCGGCCUUCACUGCAUUUGAAGAGCUCAACCUGCCACGUCUGAAACAAGAGAACCCAAACAUGCGCCUGUCCCAACUCAAGCAGCUCCUCAAGAAGGAAUGGAUGAAGUCUCCAGAAAACCCCAUGAACCAGAGGCACAAAGCUUACAACAGCCAGAAGUAGAACACAGAGCUGAUCAUCCCCCCCCCCUUGGACGGUGGGCUGGAGCCGUGGGCUCUGCUCAGAUGAAGCAGGAGGCACAAAGAACCUCCUCUCUUUUGUUUCCCUUCCCCAUUCCCUCUUUCUGUCACUCCUUGUUAUUGGAUUUAAGACCAGCACGAGGCUGCAGCCCUCUCCAGCA